ACGAUUUGAAUGAUGUCAUACAUUUAAUACACAAAACUAAUUUCAAUUCACUUUUAUUGAAGCAAUUCAUCUUCAUUUCCUGGACUCGAUUGUCAAAGCAAAGAUGGCAGAAGUUCUUUUGGGUGCUAUUUUGGAAGAAGCGGUGUCUAAAGCGAAUUCAAUUGCCACUAAGCAAAUCAGUUGUAUAUGUAAUUUCAAGGAAGAGCUGGAAAGACUGGGUGACUCACUAGAAAUAAUGAAAGCUUUCUUGCAAGAUGCAGAGGAAAAGCAAACAAAGAAGAACGCAGUGAAGCUUUGGUUGCAGAGGCUCAAAGAUGUUGCUGAUCAGGCUGCUGAUAUCCUUGUUGAGUUUGACCAUGAGAAUUUCCGAAGGAAACUGAAGAUUCGGAACCAAAUUGGAAGGAAGGUACUCGACUUCCUUUCUCCAAACAAUUCCAUUUUAUUUCGUUUCAAGAUGGCUAAUAAAAUUAAGGGCAUCCUUAAAACACUGGAAGACCUUAACAAAUUGGCCACUGAUUUUGGUCUCCAAGAGAGAGCUACAGAUCCAGAUCCUGAGUAUGAACGACCAGCGGUGGAGACAGACUCCAUCCUCCCUCGCUCAAUCAUUGUUGGAAGGGAAGCUGAUGUCUCAAAAAUAGUUGACCUGUUAGUCAAUCCCAAAGAUAACGAGCCUCUCUCUGUUGUACCUAUAGUAGGUGUGGGAGGUAUUGGCAAAACUACAAUAGCAAAGCUGGUGUAUAAUGAUUUGAAUGUGAAAAAUCAUUUUGAUCACAAAUUCUGGGUCUGUGUUUCUCAUCAUUUGGAUGUCAAAAAGAUUUUAGAAGCGAUGUUUGAAAACUUUCCUGAUUAUAGCAGUACCUCAGUGCCAGAAACGAUGGAUGCAAUGAUUAUGAAUCUCAAGGAGAAGUUUAAACAGGCCAAAAGAGAAAAGGAACAGAUCAAGUAUCUUCUUGUUCUUGAUGAUGUGUGGGAUGUUGAAAAAUGGGACGAACUGAAGGACCGUCUGGAGGAUAUCAAUGAAUAUGGUAGGAAUGGAGUUAUUGUGACAACACGCAAAGAAGAUGUAGCAUCAGCAGUGCAAGUACUUUCAAAUCAAACACAUCAACCAGGAAGACUAGAAGAUGAAGAAUGCUGGUCCAUAAUUAAACAACUAGCAUUGACACCCUCUCCAAUGUCUCACAGUUUAGAGCCUAUUGGAAAGGAAAUUGCGAAGCAGUGUCGAGGUGUGCCAUUGUUAGCUAAAGUUAUUGGAGGGACAAUGAGCAAAGAAAGGAGUCGCCACGCAUGGUCGGAAAUUAAAAAAAGUGGUGUAUGGGGUUCACCGGACAGUGUGUUAGUGGAAAGUGUGUUAAAAUUUAGUUUUGAUCGCUUGUCUUCUCCAUCUUUGAAGAAGUGUUUUUGGUACUGUGCCAUGUUUCCUAAAGAUUAUUGCUUUGAAAAAGAGGAAUUGGUCCAACUGUGGCUGGCUGAAGGAUUUCUUGGCAGCGCUAUGGCAAUGGUGGAUAUUGGUGACAAAUACUUAAAUGAGUUGUUAUCAAAUUCCUUAUUUCAAGAUGUCGAGAAGGACAAGUUAGGGAAUAUUCUCACAUUCAAGAUGCACGACAUGUUGCAUGAGUUAGCUCUGUCUAUUUCAAAGUCUGAUACUUUGAUUUUCCAAGAAAAUUCCACUUCUACCACAAAUGAGUGUUCUCAUAUUCGUCAUCUCAAUGUUGGAUGUGAUGGGAAAUCAUUACCAGAAAUUUUAACAGCGGUUGCUCCAAAAGUAUACUCGUUGUUUUCAGAGAUUGAUGUGUUCAAGAAACUAUCAAAACGCUUCACAAGAUUAAGAGUCCUAAAGUUUGUUGGUGCUACUAAUAUUUGUGAGUUGCCAGAUUCCCUUGGAGAAUUGAAGCACUUGAGGUAUUUGGACAUCUCAAAGACUUCUAUCAGAGAACUACCUAAGUCCACAAUCAAACUUUACAAUCUGCAAACAUUGAGGCUCUUGGGUUUACGGUUAUUCACCUUUCCGGAUGGAUUGGAAAAUUUGAAUAGCUUGAAGCACUUACAUUUUAAUAAUCGAGAAGUUCAGCCAGAUAAUAUUGGAGACCUAAUUUGUCUUCAAACAUUACCCAUAUUUUUUGUGGGUUCAGAAAGGGGACGUUCGAUUGAGGAGUUAGGAUCCCUAAAGGAACUGCGUGGAGAACUGAAGAUAUGCCAUCUUGGGGGUGUUAGAGACAAACAAGAGGCUAAUGGAGCAAAUCUACGCCUUAAAGAAAAAUUGUGCAAGGUGAUAUUUGAUUUUGAAGGGAGUGAUAGUGGGAGUAGUGGUUAUAACAGUGAGGAAGUGAUGGAAGGUCUCCAACCCCACUCAAAUUUGCAAAGCUUAACUGUUUGCAGUUAUCAAGGCGACAGCUUUCCCUCAUGGAUGUUAAGACCUGGUGGUGAUUCUAAUACUGGGCUGUUUUUGCUUAACCAUUUGGUGGAGCUGAAUUUUUUCAACUGCAUCAAUUGUGAAAGUCUUCCACCUCUUGGCCAAUUGUGCGAUCUCCAAUUUCUUGAGUUGAGAAAUCUGAAGAAAGUGAAAUGCAUGGGUAAUGAAUUUUAUUGCAACGAAGGUAUCGAUGGUAUGAAUAAGGUGAUCAAGGUGUUUCCCGCAUUGAAAAAAUUCACCUUAAGUGAGAUGAAAAGUCUAGAAGAAUGGACAGCAAUGGCGACCACAAAGACGAUCAUGUUUCCUUGGUUGGAAGAGCUGAAUAUUAGGGAUUGUCCAUUGUUGAAAAGUGUUCCACUAAGACAAUGCUCUUCUCUUGAAAAGCUUAGCAUUUCAUUUUGUGAAAAAUUAAGUAAGAUUGGAAACGGAUUAUCUACCUCCACUUGUCUCAAAGAAUUAGACCUACAUGCUUGUCCUAAUUUAAGUUCAAUUCCAAAUUUAGAAGGAUUUUCCUCUCUUCAAAAUUUGUCAAUUGAGAACUGCAAGAAAUUGGGAGUUCUUCCGAUAAUCGGAGGAUGUUCAUCUCUUGAAAAGCUUAGAAUAUCCGGUUGCGAAAAAUUAAGCAAGAUCGGAGACGGGCUGUCAACCUCCACUUGUCUCAAAGAAUUAGGUCUAUUUGAUUGUCCUAAUUUAAGUUCCAUUCCAAAUUUGGAAGGAUUUUCGUCUCUUCAAAAUCUGUCAAUUUACAGGUGCAAGGAAUUGGGAGUUCUUCCGAUAAUCGGAGGAUGUUCGUCUCUUGAAAAGCUUAGGAUUUCCGGUUGCGAAAAAUUAAGCAAGAUUGGAUACGGGCUGUCAACCUCCACUUGUCUCAAAGAAUUCGGUCUAUCGGAUUGUCCUAAUGUAAGUUCCAUUCCAAAUUUGGAAGGCUUUUCCUCUCUUCAAUAUCUGUCAAUUGAGAGCUGCAAAAAAUUGGGAGUUCUUCCAAUAACCGGAGGAUGUUCAUCUCUUCAAAAGCUUAAGAUUUCUGGUUGCGAAAAAUUAAGCAAGAUUGGAGAUGGAUUAUCUACCUCCACUUGUCUCAGAAAAUUAGAUCUAAAAUAUUGUCCUAAUUUAAGUUCCAUUCCGAAUUUGGAAAGAUUUUCCUCUCUUCAAAAUCUGUCAAUUGAGAGGUGCAAGACAUUGGAAGUUCUUCCGAUAACGGGAGAAUGUUCAUCUCUUGAAGAGCUUAGCAUUAUCGUUUGCGAAAAACUAAGCAAGAUUGGAGACGGGCUGUCAACCUCCACUUGUCUCAAAAAAUUACGACUAUGUAGUUGUCCUAACUUAAUUUCAAUUCCGGAAUUGGAAGGAUUUUCUUCUCUUCAAAAUCUGUCAAUUAGAUGGUGCAGCGAAUUGGAAGUUCUUCCGAUAACCGGAGGAUGUUCAUCUCUUGAAAAACUUAGCAUUUUCGAUUGCAAAAAGUUAAGUAAGAUUGGAGACGGAUUAUCUACCUCCACUUGUCUUAAAGAAUUAGAUCUAAAAUGUUGUCCUAAUUUAAGUUCGAUUCCAAAUUUGGAAGGAUUUUCGUCUCUUCAAAAUGUAUCCGUUGGUGGCUGUGACAAGUUGGAGAGCUUUCCACUAAAAGCACCACUGUCUUCCCUUAAAGAAUUGAGCAUAACUGAUUGCCCUAAUUUGAAGCCCAUUCCAAGUUUAGAUGGACUAUCUUCUCUCACAGAAUUGGAGUUUAACAAAGUAGGCGAAGGAUGGAGUUGUCUGCUACCAAAUAUGUUGCGAUCCAAUACUUCCCUUUGCAGUCUCACAAUAUUAAAUUUGCCUGAUCUGAUAUGGAUUCCAGAUGACAGCCUUGGUAGGCUUGAUUGCUUGGGAAAAUUAACCAUUGGUGGUUUCUCAGAAGAGCUGCCAGAGUUCCCCUGUCUCAGUUCCGUUCAAUAUCUCAGUGCCUCCCUUCAAGUUCUAAAGUUGAUUGGUUGGGAAAAGCUUAAGAGUCUCCCUCACCAAUUUCAACUCCUAACCACCCUUGAAGAUUUGACGAUUGAAAGGUUUGGUGGAAUAGAAGCCUUGCCAGACUGGUUGGGAAAUCUCUCUUCUCUACGGCGUCUAUAUUUGAGUGGUUUUGGAAAGCUAAAGAGUCUUCCUCACCAGCUUCAACUCCUCACUGCCCUUGAAGAUUUGACUAUGCAGGGGUUUCAUGAAAUAGAAGCCUUGCCAGAAUGGUUGGGAAAUCUCUCUUCUCUAAGGCAUCUAUAUUUGAGUGGUUUUCGGAAGCUAAAGAGUUUUACUCACCAACUUCAACUCCUUUCUACCCUUGAAUAUUUAACGAUAGAAGAGUUUCAAGGAAUAGGAGCCUUGCCACAGUCAUUCAGAAAUCUCUCUUCUCUAAGGAGGCUGUGUAUCCGUUCAUGCAAGAAGCUCAUGUACCUGCCUUCUGUAGAUGUUAUGAGAAGCCUCUCCAAAUUACAAAGAAUUGACAUUGCAAAUUGUUCUCAAUUAGAGACAAGAUGUGAGAGGGAGAGUGGCCCUGAAUGGUCCAAAAUUUCCCACAUUCCACGUAUAUAUAUUAAUGAUCAGCGGAUUUAGUUUGGGCAUGGAUACUUUUGAGCCUAUCAGUUCGAGCACCAAAUUAUGAAUUGAAUAUAUGGACAUAAAAAUGUGAAGGGAGAUGCUGAUAGGCCUUGAGUCAGAGUGAAUUUUUCUCCUUUUCAACAUUGAAGAGCUAUAAUUUAAAAGGCAGCGUUGGUUCACCAAUGCAAUGUUGAUCAACUCUUCGAUUGGGGGUUCAUUCGAUAUCAGUAUGAGCUGAUUUUUGGACAAUGGUUAGUAUGCUUGAUUGUGUACAGUUGGAUUUUCCAUACUGAUUUUGUAGCUUCGGGUUUUCUUGUUUCUCUUUAGUUUGCUUGAAAUUUUUUUGCUGAUUGUUUUACUAGAGUUGUAUAUUCUUUGUUGUGGCUUUGUAUUGUGAUGUUGUAACAAAACUUAGAGUAUAGUAAAGCAUUUACGUGGACUUUCAAGUCCUGUGGUUUUUACUCUUUGUUUUAAAGGGAUUUUUCACGUAAAA